AUGAAAAGAAAAGAAUGUGUAAAGGUGGUUGUUAGAGCAAGACCAUUGUCAAGUAAAGAAAUAGAAGAAGGCAGAAAGAGAAUUGUAGAUGUUGAUACAUCAAGAAAAGAAAUUAAUAUUUAAAAUAUAAAAGGAGACAACAAUGAGGCAUAAAGAACUUUUGUUUUUGAUGAAGUUUUCGAUUUGAAUUCAUAACAAGAAUAAGUUUACAAUAAUACAGCUUUGCCUAUUGUUGAAAGUGUCAUGGAUGGUUAUAAUGGGACAGUCUUCGCUUACGGUUAAACUGGUACAGGCAAAACACAUACCAUGGAAGGAAAGAAUGAUCCUCCUCAUGAAAGAGGUAUCACUCCCAGAACUUUCGAUCACAUAAUCAAAGUUAUUGAAGGCACUCCUAAUAUACAAUUCUUAGUUAGAUGUUCCUAUUUAGAACUCUAUAAUGAGGAAGUCAGGGAUUUGUUGAGUCCGAAUCAUCUCACAAAACUAGAAUUAAGAGAAAAGCCUGAGUAAGGUAUCUUUGUUAAGGACCUCUCGAAAAUAGUCGUAAAAUCUGUGGCUGAAUUAAAUGAAUGGUUAAAGGCUGGUAGAGCCAAUAGAAAGGUUGGUGAAACUAAAAUGAAUUAAGAAUCCUCUAGAUCUCACUCUAUAUUCACACUUACAAUUGAAUCAAGUGAAAUUGGAGCAGAUUAACAAUAACACAUUAAAUCAGGAAAAUUGAACCUUGUUGAUUUAGCUGGUAGUGAAAGACAAUCAAAGACGCAAGCUGUUGGUGUUAGAUUUGAAGAGGCUAUUAAUAUUAACUUAAGUUUAACAACACUUGGUAAUGUCAUCACAACUUUGGUUGACGGAAAAAGUCAACAUAUUCCGUACAGAGAUUCAAAAUUGACUCGUCUUUUAUAAGAUUCUUUGGGAGGUAAUACAAAGACUGUCAUGGUUGCAAACAUUGGUCCAGCUGAUUAUAAUUUUGAUGAAACAAUGUCCACUCUCAGAUAUGCCAAUAGAGCAAAGAAAAUUCAAAACAACCCAAAAAUUAAUGAAGAUCCUAAAGAUGCUAUGAUUAGAGAAUUUUAAGAACAAAUUAAUAAACUAAAGGAUGAACUAGCCAGAAAAGCUGGAGGAGUUAUUGGACCAAAUGGAUAAAUUUAAAAAAUCAAAGAAUAAGUUAUUGAAGUUGAGGAUGAUGAAGAACUAACUGAAUUGUAAAAAAAGGCCUAAAAGGAAAAGGCUGAUUUAGAAUAAUAAAUUAUGCAAUAGAGAAGGUAAAGUACAUUGUAAGAAGAAGAAAAAAAACAAUUAUAAUUGAAAUUAAAGGAGAAAUAGAAGUUGGAGCAUAAUCUCAAAAAGGAACAAGAAAACAUGCAAAAGAAACUUUAGGAACUUUAAGAGUAACUAUUGCAUGGAGAUAAAAUGAAAGAGGAAUCAAGAUAAAAAGAAAAGGAUCUGUUAAAAGCAAGAAUGGAAUUAGAAGAGAGAUCCUAAUAAGCCAGAAGACAAGCUGAAGAAUUGGCUAAGAAAGAAGCUAUGCAAAUGGAAUAAGAAUAGAAAUAUAAUUCAACCAAAGAAGAAAUUGAAGCCAAAACAUAAAAAUUAAACAAUCUUAUCUAAAAAAUUAAAGAAUUAAAAAGUUAGGCUUAAGAAUAGACUUAAUUUAGAUAAAGAUAGAAAGAAGAGUUGAUAGAGGAUAAUAGAGAAUCUCUGAGAUAGCUAAAUCUAAUGAAUCUUAUAAUUGAGCAUUUCAUCCCAGAAGAUGAAGAAAAGAGAUUAAAAGAAAAAUUAGAAUUUUCAGAAGAAUAAGAUGAUUGGGUUAUUAAAGAGUUUGAAGCAAAUCCGUUAAAAAAACCAGCAUCUGCAUUUAUCUUUAGGAGACCAAUUUGUAACUUUUCGAGGAUGGCAAUCAAUUUUGGAGAUGCUAACCCUAGAUGUCGACCAGAAAACAUUUUACAGACUGAUCUAGAUCUACCACAAAGAAUGACUGAAGAUUUCUCUCUUGAACCUUCAUAAAAGAUUUAAGAAGUCUUAAAUGUGGCUUUGAAUGAAGAUGAAGAAGAACAAUAAAUGAUACAAAAUGAAAAACAAGCUAAUGUUUACAUUGAAGAUCCUUCAAUAAUCAAUAAGGAAGCCAUAUUGAAUCCUCCAUCCAAUCCAAAUAAAGUUCGAUUAUAAUCAGCAUUAAAAAAAAAUGCUAGAAGACCUUAAAGUGGUCUUAAAAAAUGA